AUGGCUCUCGACCCGUCAAGCGGCUAUAUUGCCGCUCGAGAUCUUCAGGAUUUCAAUGAGAGCUCACUUCCAAUCUUCAACGUUGAACCAGUCCAGCUCCAGUUCUCAAUCGCGUCCGACUUCGUUGCCGCCCAGGUCGCAAACAACGUCUUGGUCCUCGCACUUGCUAAUGGAAGAAUCAUACGGAUAGACUUGGACAAUCCUGCGGAUAUAGAUGACAUUGACCUACCUAAGAAGACUUCAGAAGUUGGCGUCAUCCGCCGCAUGUUCCUCGACCCGACGGCCUCCCAUCUGAUUAUCUGUACGGCUCUCGGCGAGAACUAUUACCUUCACACGCAAUCGCGACAGCCCAGACCGCUCUCCAGACUUCGAGGAGUCGCUAUAGAGUGCAUAGCCUGGAACCCCUCGUUGCCCACAUCAUCGACCCGAGAGAUACUCAUAGGAGCGUCGGACGGAAAUGUCUACGAGGGGUAUAUCGAGACGUCUACGGAGUUUUAUCGAAAGGAGGACAAGUAUCUGAAGACUCUACUGAAGGUUCCAGAUGCCCCUGUAACUGGUCUCUGGGUCGACCCAAUCACCAGCAAACCCGGUGCCGAUGUUAGAAGGGUCAUAAUAGCCACGCAGAGCAGACUGCUACAUUUCAUUGGUAAGAUUGGGCGGGUUGGACACGAUGGCGGGAGCUCAAUCUAUACACGGCUUUUUGAGACGGAGCAGCCGACUGUUCAUGAGAUCUCGAGGGUCGCAUCAACACCAUCGGCACUGGUCGUCUCCCCAGACACCACCAGCUCUACGCAUACUGAAGACCUUGAACCUGACCGCAGCUUUGCGUGGCUUCAGUCUCAGGGGGUAUACUAUGGCAGGCUACUCACUUCACCAGCAACGCCUGAAUUAGGCACUAAGCUCUUUGCGGAAGCAAAGUUCCUGCCUAGGUCUCAACUACCAGCCUCGGAGUCAUCAGGCGGCCGCAAGAAAGCCAUUCAAAGCCCAAUAGAUUCUAUUGCCCUCACCCAGUGGCAUAUUUUACACCUUGUCGAAGGGCGCGUCAUUGCCGUGAACCGCCUGGACGACAGGGUGAUAUUCGAUCAGGCGGUUCUUGAUCCUGGCCAACAGGCUCUGGGGCUUUUUGCCGACCAACAGAAGAAUACAUUCUGGCUAUUUACCACCCAAGAAAUCUACGAGAUUGUUGUCACUGACGAGGAUCGGGACGUUUGGAAAGUGAUGUUGCAGACAGAGCAUUUUGAUGCGGCUCUUCGAUAUGCCAAAAGUCCGGCUCAGAAGGAUGCUGUUGCCACAGCGUCGGGCGAUUAUCUUAUCAGUAAAGGAUCCUACCUUGAGGCUGCAGGAGUCUAUGGAAAGAGCACCAAGCCGUUCGAGCAAGUUGCAUUGACAUUUGUCGAUAAUGAUCAACCGGAUGCCCUUCGAAAGUAUCUUUUGACGAAGAUCACGACGUACAAGAAGUCAUCCACCAUGCAACGUGUUAUGAUUGCGAGUUGGCUUGUGGAAAUUUUCAUGUCUAAACUCAAUUCUCUGGACGAUACUAUUGUCACCAAGGCUGAACUGUCGGAAACUCUCAACCCGGCACAGACUAGGGACCAACUAGAUACUAUACGCACAGAGUUCCAAGAUUUCGUGAAGAAGUAUAAGUCGGAUCUGGAUCGGAAAACGACUUAUGAUAUUAUCAGCAGUCACGGUAGAGAAGACGAACUACUCUUCUUCGCCAGUGCUGUGAAUGACUACAACUAUGUACUGUCCUAUUGGAUUCAGAGAGAGCGUUGGAAGGAAGCUCUGGAUGUGCUAAAGAAGCAAACGGAACCCGAGAUAUUCUACCGUUACAGCAGCGGACUCAUCACACACGUUGCCACUGAUCUUGUCGAUAUUCUCAUGAGACAUUCUGACUUGGAACCGCGGAACUUGAUUCCGGCUCUGCUGGGCUACGACCGGAAUUUUCAAGGCCCACUUUCGCAAAAUCAAGCAGUCCGAUACCUUCUUCACGUCAUAAACCACUUGCAGUCGACUGAUGCAGCCGUUCACAACACUCUUAUCUCCAUCUACGCAUCCCAUCCGUCCAAAGACGAAACAGCUCUUCUCAACUAUCUCGAAUCUCAAGGCGACGAACCAAGUUUCGACUCCGAUUUCGCCCUCCGUUUAUGUAUACAGCAUCACCGCGUCCAAUCAUGUGUACAUAUCUACAGCACCAUGGGCCAAUAUCUCCAAGCUGUCGAGCUAGCCCUUGCGCACUCAGAAAUCGACCUUGCAUCUAUCAUUGCAGAUCGACCCGUCUCCAAUCCGGCGUUGCAGAAGAAGCUCUGGCUCGCGAUAGCGAAAAAGGUCAUAUCCCAAUCGAACGGUAUCAAAACUGCAAUUGAGUUCCUAAAACGGUGUGAUCUCUUGAAAAUUGAGGAUCUAAUUCCCUUCUUUCCUGAUUUUGUUGUCAUUGAUGACUUCAAGGAAGAGAUAUGCGCGGCAUUGGAAGACUAUAGCCGAAACAUUGAUGCGUUGAAGAAAGAGAUGGAUGAAUCCUCACAAACGGCAACGAAUAUCAAGGUUGAUAUCGCCGCACUGGAUCACCGCUACGCGAUUGUUGAGCCGGGAGAGAAAUGCUAUGUCUGCAACUUGCCGCUCCUGAGCAGGCAGUUCUUCGUCUUCCCAUGUCAACAUUCUUUCCAUAGUGACUGUCUGGGAAAGAAGGUCAUGGAGCAGGUGGGAAUAGGGAAAGGGAAGAAGAUCAGGGAGUUGCAGAUGUCGAUAAGCAAGGGGAUGGUAGCGGGUGCGAAGAGAGACGCGGCGAUAGCGGAGUUGGAUGCUUUGGUUGCUUCUGCUUGGUGA